GAACAAAGCGAAGAAGAAGAAGAAGAAACACCCUGUACCCUUCUUACAUCUUCUAAUUUAUUUUUCUGAGGACUUUUUUAUUUUUAUUUCUUCGUUUCCACCAUUUUCUGUUACGCCAAACUGCGUCUGCGACGCGAAUUGUGAUUAGUGAACGGUGAAUGUUGAGGAUCUGCUACUUUUUGAACAUUGAAUAAGGUCUAUCAGACAAGGAUUUGACAGAAUUUGUCAGAAUCAAAUUGUUAAUUCUCUUCUGAAGAUUUCAUUCGUUCGUUUGCGAUAUUUGAAGGUGCUCGUUAAUUUCUAGUUUUAGAGAUACAUUUUUCUCUCGAAAAAUCGUCGAAUUUCGGAACUCUGGACUCUCUGCUAGAUCGUGCCUGAGUUUGUACUUGUAGCCGUGGUUGCAGAUCGAAGCUCUGAAAUGUCGUUAUUAGUUGGAGUUUAGAAAUAGAUUUUCAUUUUUCAAAGCUUCAGAACUGAAACCAGCGAGCUUGUGUGGCGCGUCUUAAGGCUUGGGUUUUUGACGGAAUCGGAUUAGUUUAGGUAGGAUGGAUAAAGAGUCUCAUCAAGGCAAUAGCGUUAGAGAAAGAGACAAAGUUGGAGGGGAUAGUAGUAGUGGUGGGGCCGGGUCGUUGUUGCUGAGGGGUAGCUCCGAUGGAAUGAGACAAGCAGCAACGACGUCGGAUUUGGGGCUGCAGUGGGGUAACAGGAAGAGACUAAGGUGCAUGAAGGUGCAGGUCAAACACGACCCUUCUUCUUCAAACAACCCGGUUCAGAGGACAACAACAACAACAACAACGGUUCGGGUGGAUCGGAGAGUGGUUAGAAACGAUAAAGAUUCUUCUUCAAAUCUUAGUAUUAGUAGAUCCUUACCCACUACUGCUACCCUCACUAAUAACAACAAUAACAAUCAUAUUAGCCUUCAUAAUAAUAAUAAUAUUAAUCAGAGUAACGGGUAUCUGAAUCUCCGUCAACGCCCACCUUCCCCGCAGCAACCUCCUCCGCGAAUUCUCAGGAAUUCGGAGACUUCAAGUGCUAUGAGAGGAGGCCAAAGCAACGGGAGUGUUAGGGGAAUUGCCUCACCGGACAGGGGUGCGCACGAUAAGAGGGGGACCCAAAACAACCACCUUAAUGACAAUAAUAACAAGUCUGUGGUCUCAUCAGACACCGCGCACGAUAGCAAGAAGGGCGGUGGUGGGUCGCCGUCCGGCAGUGGUGACGCGGCUCCGCCGGUGUGGCCGCCAAAGUUCGUGAUUGCCUUGACAAACAAGGAGAAGGAAGAAGAUUUUCUGCUCUUGAAGGGUUCAAAGCUUCCCCAGAGACCCAAGAAGAGAGCCAAAUUCAUACAACGAACCCUCAAUCUCGUUAGUCCAGGUACAUGGCUGUGCGAUCUUACUCUGGAACGAUAUGAAGUAAGGGAGAAGAAGAUAUCCAAAAAGGUAGGAGAAAAAAAAAGACCAAGAGGGUUGAAAGCAAUGGGCAACAUGGACUCCGACUCUGAAUAGAAAGAAGCGAGGCAAUGAGUAAAGUUGGUUUUUUUUUUCUUCUUCUUCUUUAGUCUAAGGGUGUGAGAAAUGUUGAGAUAUUGUAAAGCAUGGCAACGCAUACCAGCGUUCCAAGAAAUCGAAAUCAAAUAUAAAUUGGUUUCUCUCUGAUGACCCUGAUUUUCUCA